CGGGCGCUAGUUAAGCGGCUGCCGCUGUCACUAUGGCCCAUUACAAAGCCGCCGACUCGAAACGCGAGCAGUUCCGGAGGUACUUGGAGAAGUCGGGGGUGCUGGACACGCUGACCAAGGUGCUGGUAGCCUUAUAUGAAGAACCAGAGAAACCUAAUAGUGCUUUGGAUUUUUUAAAGCAUCACUUAGGAGCUACAACCCCAGAAAAUCCAGAAAUAGAGCUACUUCGCCUAGAAUUGGCAGAAAUGAAAGAGAAAUAUGAAGCUAUUGUAGAAGAAAAUAAAAAAUUGAAAGCAAAGCUUGUUCAGUAUGAACCACCUCAGGAGGAGAAGCGUGCUGAAUAGGAUGCUUCUCUAUUGAAAAAGAUACUGAAAAAUGGUUUUGUAUGACUUGAAUAGUUUGUAUAGUAUAUAAUCUUUUCUGAACAGAUGCUAUGAAAGUUUUAAUAUGUUAAAUUCACAUAUCACAAACUUUGUUAUAAACAUACUUAGAAUUCUCAAUAAAAACUCAGUGUAACUUUC